CAGACUAUAAUUAAAACUUCUUUUAAAGUUCAUAAAAUACUAAUUAAUCUAUGUCAAAUAUGUCCACCAGUAUCCGUCACUUUAGAACUUCAAACCAUCUUUAUUUAUAAAUUCGACAUGUAACGAGAAAAAAUUAAAUAAAGCCAAAAAUCUUUUAAUUUUUCUGGACCUUACACAAUGCAAAUUGUUAGUAAUUUAUUAGCGAGAAGACUACGGCUGCAGACUUCAAUUUCUUCGAUUCGAUGGAAGGCGUCAAUCGAAAGCCCGGCCGCUGUUAAUGAUUGUGGACCCAACUUAGAAGACAGAGCUUUAUGUGCAAUUGACCCAUGUGACGUGAACAAAUGCUACGCCGAGCCCCGCGUCGUCAUCGUAGGCGCGGGUAUGGCCGGUCUGUCGGCCGCGGCUCGGCUCGCGCAACGCGGCAUCAACAACAUUGUCGUGCUGGAAGCGUACGAGAGACCCGGUGGCCGAAUUCACUCUUGCUGGCUCGGAGACAUUGUUGCUGAACUAGGUUCGCACUGGAAACCAGACAAUGCGUUCACACAUCCUAUUUAUACGAUGUCAGCCACCGAAAAUCCGCCCAGACCAGGUGUGCCCGGCGCUGAACAUACCCGUGGCCUCUUUAACAGAAUAGUUACCGAUAAAGCGCCGUAUCCUGCUACAAUAUCUGCAUAUCACAAAUUCCGUCAGAUUGAACAGGAAGCGGCGCAAAUAUACUGCCUCGGUGGUAGUAAACAGGCAGGCUCACUAAUCAAUUUUAUGAGUCUGCGAAUUCAACAAGAACUGCACGACUACCCUAAAGAUCAACAACAUGACGCAGCUAGAAUAAUGUUCGGGCUCGCGCACAUGCUCAGUGCGCGGUGUGGGGAUGACACGGCGAUGCUGUGUGCCGAUCAUGUGGGAUGCUUCAUGAAUAUGCCCGGCGGGGAGGUACGUGUACCGCUAGGCUUAGUCGGUAUACUGGCUCCAUUGUUGCGGCAAAUUCCAGAAGGAGCUAUUCGUUAUUGCAAGCCAGUUAAUUGUAUUUACUGGGGAACAUCACAAAAGGAAGGCUAUCGAGCCACCGUAUGUACAACGGAUGGGGAUGAAUUUCCAUGUGACUACGUCAUAAUAACGGUGUCUCUCGGAGUGUUGAGCGCUAAUGCUGUCAAAAUGUUUUGUCCUGCACUACCAGCAUCCAAAAUAGACGCCAUGCGAUGCCUUGGAUUCGGCUAUUGCAAUAAAAUUUACAUGGAAUAUUGUCGUCCUUUUUGGUUUUGGCAUAAAGGUAAUCUAAAUUUUAAAUUCAACUGCAGUGAAUUAUGUGAUCGUUGCGACUGGACUCGAGGUUUGACUUCGAUAGAGAUGGUGCCAAACAGUAAACAUGUGAUGUGUGCUUGGGUGGUUGGCAAUGAAGCUAUGAUGAUGGAAGCCCUUUGUGACAAAGAUAUAGCAGAAGGUUUGACCGAAAUAUUGCGUUCGGUAACGGGGAACGAGAGCAUACCAUACCCCAUGACAAUUUUACGAUCACAUUGGACUUCCGACCCGUUCUUCUGUGGAGCUUAUUCUUUUGAUUACUAUGGAUCCAAUGGGGAUGCACAGCGGAGUUUGGCGUGUCCACUGCCGGGACCUAGUGAACCUAUACCUCCAGUACUGUUGUUUGCUGGUGAGGCGACGGUGCCUGGUCACUACGCUACGGUGGCUGGGGCCCGACUGAGUGGCGUGCGAGAGGCUGAGAGAGUGAUAAAUUUAACCGUGCGAUAUAAAGGCCCGCCUUUGCCCACUCCGGUUAAAAAAGUAAAGGAUAAAAAGAAGAAGAAGAAGAAAAAGGCGUGGUAGGUGGUGAAAACUAUUAUACUUGUACUUUAAGCUCGUAUUUUAUCUGAUCGCAAUGUGAAAUUUCCUAAGACUAAUCCUUUGUCCCCUGUCACAGAUUGAGAAAUAUAUGUAAAGUUUCGCGUACAUAA